GCGGUGUGUUACGUGGGGGAGAGAAUAAAACUCCAGCGAGAUCCGGGCCGCGAACGAAAGCAGUGACGGAGGAGCUUGUACCACCGGAGGAAAUGCCUAGAGGAGGGAUCUGAAGCCAGUAUCUCAGACCUGACGCUCGCUCCUGCUUUCUACCCUCUUUCUGAACCUGACUGGUGCAGCUUGAGAAAGUCAGCUUUGCUGCCACCUGCCCUCCUCGUUAGUAAAGGAAGAGUCACGAGAGGGACCAUUCCUAUUUCCUGUUAGCAAGAAACACCCAAAAGAAGACUUGCAUUUCUUCAUUGUUUGUUCUUUGAAGGUAACUAAAUGACCAUGGAAUCUGGAGCAGACAACCAGCAGAGUGGAGAUGCUGCUGUAACAGAAGCUGAAAACCAACAAAUGACAGCUCAAGCCCAACCACAGAUUGCCACAUUAGCCCAGGUAUCCAUGCCAGCAGCUCAUGCGACAUCAUCCGCUCCCACUGUAACCUUAGUGCAGCUGCCCAAUGGGCAGACCGUCCAAGUUCAUGGAGUUAUUCAGGCGGCCCAGCCAUCAGUUAUUCAGUCUCCACAAGUCCAGACAGUUCAGUCUUCCUGUAAGGACUUAAAAAGACUUUUCUCCGGAACUCAGAUUUCAACUAUUGCAGAAAGUGAAGAUUCACAGGAGUCUGUGGAUAGUGUAACGGAUUCCCAAAAGCGAAGGGAAAUCCUUUCCAGGAGGCCUUCUUACAGGAAAAUUUUGAAUGACUUAUCUUCUGAUGCACCAGGAGUGCCAAGGAUCGAAGAGGAAAAGUCGGAAGAGGAGACGUCAGCCCCCGCCAUCACCACUGUGACGGUGCCGACUCCGAUCUACCAGACCAGCAGUGGGCAGUACAUUGCCAUUACCCAAGGAGGAGCAAUCCAGCUGGCUAACAAUGGCACCGAUGGGGUACAGGGCCUUCAGACGUUAACCAUGACCAAUGCAGCUGCCACUCAGCCGGGUACCACUAUUCUACAGUACGCACAGACCACUGAUGGACAGCAGAUCCUAGUGCCCAGCAACCAAGUUGUUGUUCAAGCUGCCUCUGGCGAUGUACAAACAUACCAGAUUCGCACAGCACCCACUAGCACUAUCGCCCCUGGAGUUGUUAUGGCAUCCUCCCCAGCACUUCCUACACAGCCUGCCGAAGAAGCAGCACGGAAGAGAGAGGUUCGUCUAAUGAAGAACAGGGAAGCAGCAAGAGAAUGUCGUAGAAAGAAGAAAGAAUAUGUGAAAUGUUUAGAGAACAGAGUGGCAGUGCUUGAAAACCAAAACAAGACAUUGAUUGAGGAACUAAAAGCACUUAAGGACCUUUACUGCCACAAAUCAGAUUAAUUUGGGAUUUAAAUUUUCACCUGUUACGGUGGAAAAUGGACUGGAUUGGCCACAAACAGAAAGACAAAAUAAACAUUUAUUUUCUAAACAUUUCUUUUUUUCUAUGCGCAAAACUGCCUGAAAGCAACUACAGAAUCUCGUUCAUUUCUGCUUUUGCAUUAAACUGUGAAUGUUCCAGCACCUGCUUCCACUUCUCCCUCAAGACAUGUGCAGCACCAGGAAUCAUGAAGAGACUUCUGCUCUCCAUCGCCCACCCUCCUCAAGAAGUAAUAAUGUGUUUAUUUGUAAAUUGUUGGGGGAAAUGAGGAAAAUGAAAUCUUGGCUUUUUUUGGUUUUGUUUUAGGUUUGGUUAUGUUUGUUUGUUUGUUUGUUUGUUUUGUUUUGUUUUGUUUCCUUUUGAUGAUUUCAAGGUUUGUGCUGAGCUCCAUGAUUGCCUUAGGGACAGAAUUACCCAACCUUUUGAGCUGAAGUAAUGUGUGGGGCAUAUGAGGAAAGUAGGUAAGGUGCAGUGAAGAAAGGUUGAUUGCCAAGUCGAUGUUUUUAGUUUCAUUGUGAAUUAUGUAGAACUGUUGAAAGACAUACCCUCUAAAAACAGAUUUUAGUUCGAUGUUGAGGAGUAAACGGUCCACGGAUGUGGAUACUUUUCUUCAGUACUAACUAAGUUAUCCUUGGUUCUGAGCAGACUUCUGUGUUAGGCACAGCUGUUCUAUAGGGCAGUUGUUACUUCUGAACUCAGUUCUGUGUGUUCGGCAGUUGGAGCACAUUAAAAGAAGUAACCAAGUGAAAACAAGAUGGUAUUUGAAUUGUGAGUUCAGUUAAAAUCCAAGUGCAAAGCUUAUUUGGGUUAGUACUAAAUCUUAAUGAACAGACACUGGCCAGGAAGCCAGCUCCUUGAGUUAUCUAUAACAAGGUUUUAAUAAAUAAAAGCUUUUGUCCUUGCUUUCAGAAUCCUUAUAUUGUCACUCAUUUGCCUAAAAAGCUAUUUGUAAUUCCCUGUUGUAUUUACGUUGUGCCACCAUUGGGAAAGCUUUCAAGAUGUCCAAGCAGGGUGACUGCUCUAGAGAAGGACUAAAUGUAUAACCUUUUCUGUAUUCGAAGAGUUGAUCAGAAGAUCUCUUGGGAUUUUUUAAAUGAAAGAAUUACAAAGUUGUGAUUCUAAAGUGUAGUAUUAAAUGCACACAAGAAAAGCAGUUUUCUUCAGGCAUUGGAGUGUCUGCUGUGCUACAGAAUUUGGCAAAACACUCUUUUCCUCCCAUAAAAGGUGGUACUGCUUUAGCUAUCCAGUAGCUAUUCUGUUGUUUCUAAAGAAGCUCCCUACUUAAAUCCUGACUCAAUAGUCUGCAUUUAUGUGUAAUGUUCUGAUAAAAACUUAGUAAUAACUCAUUUUAUUCAGUAAGUCUGAUAAAAUCUAAAAGUUACUCUUUAAAAGACAAAUAUGAGGAAGGUGGAGGUUGGCAUGUUAGAUAACUUCUGUUUGAGAAAGAAUUUGAACUCAGAAGGUUGUUUUAUAUUUGCUCAUGGGAUAUUAAGAAUGCUGGUUUUAAUGGCAGUAUAUACAUAUGAGCACUAGAUAUUUGGCCUCUUUUUUUUAAAAUAAGACUUUAGGUUACUAUCUGUAAAUGUUUUAUCUUGUUUGUAACAAACCAUUGUCUUUUUUCAAGGAUGAACAGUUUGUGAAGGAGCAUCAUUCUAAGACUUGAGUGAUGUAAUCCUUAUGUUUGGACAGUUCACCAGAUUCUCAAGAAGGCUUUCAAACAACUAUAAAGUUUGAUGUUUGUCCUGCUGAGCUUACUGGAAAGAGAUAGCAUAAGAACUGUCUGUAUACCAGCAUGUAGAUAUAUCAUUUGCUAAACCUGGUUAAACAGAAAUGAAACAAAAUCACAAAUCUGUUUACGAGCUGGAAUUACUUCACAUUAAGUCAAAAUGUCAGAUUGAGCAUUUUAAAAUGUCACAAGUGAAAAAAUUGCCAGUGUGUAGAAGUUGUAAUUUCUAGGUGUCUGCAAAAGUUGAGGCUUUCUACAUAACUAAGGAAAUCGAUGGUCUUCUUAGCCUUUACACGCCCAGGCAGUCUCAGGCAUACCUACUAACUAGAUGGAUGGAUUUGAAUUCCCAGAGGCCUGAGCCGUUGUGCCUGGAGCCUGGCUGCACUGGUUUGAAGCUGGUUAUUUAAUAAGGUGAGAAAUACAUGGUGUUGCUAAAUCUGACUUGAAAUUUUCAGUUUAUACCGAAAGAAAUCAAGCAUCUUUAAUGCAAGCUGUUUUUUUAAUAUAAGAAUUAGAAAAAAAAAUGCUUUGUUUUUGAGCUACUUGGAGAAUCUUUAUUAAGAAAAUGACAUAAUUUUUUAAAAACUCUUAUAUCCAAGAUUGUAUGUGGCCAUAUUACCAGUGAUGUUUUUCUUGAUAUUGGCCAAAAGGGAAUGAAAAUGUUGUCAUAGGAAUCUGUACAUAUGCUACUGAUUUGCCUAGAAACUAGCAAGUUUGGUAUUGCUCACUUUGCAUAUAUAGGGCCAGGUGGCACUUUUAUCUAUAGGACAGAUUAACUCUAAUAAAAAUGAAAUGGGAAGGGGUUUAUUUUUGAUAUAUUACUCUUCUGAGUUUUCAAGCUUUGAUAGUGUUUAACUGAAAAGUGAUUUAGAAAGGGCUAGAUCCAAUGUUCAUAUUAAAAAAAUUGAUGAGACACAAUUUAAGUUCUUUAUCAAAAGCAAAUACCAUAUUAGCAACCGUCAUAUUGUCAUAGGUGCUGUGCUUGUUUAGAUGUUAUAGAAUGGGUGGGGAAGUGGCAUUUUGUAAUAUAUGUGUACAUAUAUACAUACAUACAGUAUAUCAUCUAAACGCUCUGAGAGAGCUGUUAUGUCAGGAAUGCUGAGGAUUACAGCAUAGUGAGGUCAGAUGAAAUUCCACACUCUGUGUGUUCUCCCGCAUCUCUUCUGGGGGUUCAGUGGCUGUAUUACUCCAGCACUCAUAACUGCUUUUUAUCCUUUAUUUUUCUUCCAGUUUUUCAUUAGUUUUCUUUGGCUUGGCUUCUGGUAUGUUACCAGUCACUUGAAAACUCCUAACCCCCAAAGCUCUUUUGUUUUUGUUUCUUCCUGCUUUGUUUCUGGCAGCUAUAGAAUUGGCAAGAACGUUUUGAAAAUAGCUUUUAAGAGAUUUUUUUUUUUCUUUUGAGAAUCACAUUGGGCAGACUUCUGGUGUUUCAUUUGAACAGGGAUUUUCAUCAGGAAAUGUGUUUUGAAGGCAGGUCAGCAAGCAUGUGUCUAAAGCACAAAGCCAGUCAGACAGGCUGUCCCGUCACAAGUCAUCUGGCUGGAGUUUGUCUGUCUCUCAGGACUCCUCCCUGCUGUUUGCCACCAUUUAGGGUGACAUGGGAUCUUACAAAGAUUGGGGCCUAGAAACAAAUGGAGUUCUCUACCUUGGGUGCUUUUAAUUACUUGGAGUGACUUCAACCCAAAGUCUUCUUUCCUGUUAAGAAGCUUUCAUUCUCUGCCGACUCCAGUCAGCUAGUAGCACGCACGAGUUUGUUUCUCUGCCAAUAGCUGCUUCGUUUCGGUCCCUUCCAGAGGCUUUCUUUGUUCUGCCUCUGUAACACUGAAAACUAUUGGCAUAUCAUUCCCUGGGGCCCAAUACAAAGGUUGUAUAUUUACUUGGGGUUGUAUUUACAUUAGUUCUUUGUAAAUGUUCGGUGUAACUUGCACUUUUUUUUUAAUGACCCAGUUUGGGUAUCAGCAACUUGGGAAAUUCCCUCAUGGGUUAGUUCUCCACUGAUGCUUUGUCUUCCUCCUCUCUUCAAAUCAUGACUCCUUAAUGGAAGCUCUUCAGUGAUUACAAUGUCAUAGCUGGUCUAAAGCAUGUUAUAAAAGCUAAAUAUCUGGGAAUUAGAGUUGACUAGUCCAGUUAAUUAAAAAGUGAGCUGAGACUUUUUCAUCAUGAGUAAAUACUGAAGGAAAAAUAAAUACCUGUAACUUUAAAUUUCAUCCUCAACCCAUUAUUAAUUCUAUGUAGACUAUGCCAAAAAAUUUUCCAGGAUAGUACAGACUUUGUUAAACAGUUAACUUAUUGUCAUCACGGGAAACCAUGUAAUAAUCAUUGUUACUAAAGUAUUUCCAUUUUAAAUUCGGCUUUGUUAACUUCAAAGAAAUGCUGCCUAAACUUGACUGGUUUCAGAUGAGGGAGAAGUACGCUUUGUUAGGCCUGUACAGGUGAAUUAUUACUACAGAAUAAACUUGUUCACAGAGUUGUACAAAGCACAACUAGAGUUUCUGGUGGGUGGCUUAUGUGUCUUGAUUACUUUCAAUGUUAAUAAUGUUGACUUUUAAGUUAACAGUCACUGUUAUGUACUAGGAACUGGUUUCCUUGACUUUCUAGAAUCAGUGGCCGAGAGAGGCAUAUAGUCCUUGAGGGGUUGGACAUAGCAUGAAGUUGAGUCAGCGUGGAAGAAUUUCAAACAAAUUAACAGGGUGCUGAAGUUCCGGCUGACUCGUCUGCCCAUGGUAUGUUUGCUGAUGAGUGAAUGUAUGCGUCCUCAGGGGCAGACAAACAAACGUUAACAAGGACCAGAAACAUUUGAAUGGAGGAGUUAUAUUUCAGGUGUUUUAGCUUGAAAUUUAUUUUUUAAAAAAAGAAAAAUUAAAAAAAUAAGUAGGAGAGACAAGUUUGGGAAGCAAGUUGGUGGUAUAAGAACAGGCGGAGCCAAUGCUGGCCAGUCCUCAUUCUGGUAGUUGUGGGGGCAGGUCCCAGGUGGGUAAGUGUCAGUUAUUACCAGCAAGUAAGAGGAAGGUGAGUAAUCUAUAGGAGUAUGUGAGAAGGUUCGAACAGUAGGAACUCCUACUUCCCAGGCAUGAGUCACGCUUGCCCAUAGAAGUCCAGCAUUUCUAAGCUUCUGCUGAGGGGCAUCUCAGAGAUGGGAGUAAAUCUGAGAUUUUUUAAAAAAAAAAACAGUAGGGAAGAAAUGUCUCUGCAGAUCAUGAUCUAUGUUGGCCACAUGAAAUGAUUUAUUAUAUUUGGGAGGUUUUAUUUUCUUAUGUUUUUUAAAAUUGAAUUGGUAAAUGCUUUAUAGACGUAUUUUUACCCAGGUGCCACUUCAAUGUGUAUGUAAUAAAAUUAUUUAUAUUAAAAGUGGGAAGUUUGUCAACAUUUCUCUGUGCAUGUAGAUUUAUUAGGAUGGCGAAGUGUGUUAGUUAGCAGUUUUCUGUGUGAAGCUGUCUUCAGCUGAUCUGUGCACAGUGGUUACAAUGCCCCCAGCAGAAGGGAUCGUUUCCAACCCAGACAUGUCACUUGAAACUUCUGAAAAGAUAACUAACCAGGGAAGUCCUAGGAUGCUCUUUGGCUUUUGGUUUUUCCUUGAGUACUGGAGUAGAGAAUACCUCCCCUAGAACUGUCAGCACAAAACAGGGUAUCAGCUUCUAACUCUGAUGUUUCCAUUGGAGUUGAGUACUAAUAACUAUGAGGAGGGAAAUACAUUUCUAAUAAAAUUCCCUACAAUCGAGAAACAUCCCUGUUUAAAUUUUUUUACCUAAAUCUUUUUGUGCUUUAUGUGUAAAGAAUAAAGGUACUAAACUACCGUGCAUUUUAUUAACACUAUGUACAUACUGGCUGCUUUGUGUUCAGAAUGGUAGCAGUUGCUUUGUAUAUUAAAGUGAUCCUUGUGAAUUUGUGAAAUAUUGUCAUACCGUGCUUUUCUUACUGUGAUCUUUGUGGUAUCAACUGUCAUAAUACCCUUUUUACACAGACAUUUAUGUGCAGACACAUAAACAUGCUUUUAAAACGC